GCGCGCGCUUGUCUCCCGGCGCGGGCACCGGCACUGGCCAUGGCUGCCUGCUCUCUUGCAUCGGUGCUGGCCGCCCGGCUGCUCCGCCCCGCGCAGAGCUGCUGCCUUCUCCAUCGCCCCUUCCACCGCUCCGCAGUGCGAAACGAAGCUGUUAUCAUUUCUGGAAAGAAACUUGCCCAGCAGAUCAAGCAGGAAGUGCGGCAGGAGGUAGAAGAGUGGGUGGCCUCGGGCAACAGGCGCCCACACCUGAGCGUGGUUCUGGUCGGCGAGAACCCGGCCAGUCACUCCUACGUCCUCAACAAAACCAGGGCGGCCGCUGACGUGGGAAUCUUCAGUGAAACAAUUUUGAAACCAGCUUCGAUUUCAGAGGAAGAAUUGUUGAAUUUGAUCAAUAAGCUAAAUAAUGAUGACAAUGUCGAUGGCCUCCUUGUUCAGCUGCCUCUUCCAGAGCACAUUGAUGAGAGAAAGAUCUGCAAUGCUGUUUCUCCAGACAAGGAUGUUGACGGCUUUCACGUAAUUAAUGUCGGGCGAAUGUGUUUGGAUCAAUAUUCCAUGCUGCCUGCCACCCCAUGGGGUGUGUGGGAAAUAAUCAAGCGAACUGGAAUUCCAACACUAGGGAAGAAUGUGGUUGUGGCUGGAAGGUCAAAGAAUGUUGGAAUGCCCAUUGCAAUGUUACUACACACAGAUGGGGCACAUGAACGUCCUGGAGGUGAUGCCACUGUUACAAUAUCUCACCGCUACACUCCCAAAGAACAGUUGAAGAAACAUACAAUUCUUGCAGAUAUUGUGAUAUCUGCUGCAGGCAUUCCAAAUCUGAUCACAGCAGAUAUGAUCAAGGAAGGAGCUGCCGUCAUCGAUGUGGGAAUUAACAGAGUUCAGGAUCCCAUAACUGCUAAGCCCAAGUUGGUUGGAGAUGUGGAUUUUGAAGAAGUCAGGAAGAAAGCCGGUUACAUCACUCCAGUCCCUGGAGGCGUGGGUCCCAUGACAGUGGCGAUGCUAAUGAAGAAUACCAUUAUUGCUGCAAAAAAACUGCUGAGGCUUGAAGAGCGGGAAGUGCUGAAGCCAAAAGAGCUUGGAGUAGCAACCAAUUAACUGUUUCCUCUUCUCUUUUAUGAACAGCCUUCCAAGCCAGUUCAAGAAGCAAAACAGGCCAAUAGAAAUGCAAUAUUUUUUUAUUCUACUGAAA